AUGGAUAUCCAACCGUGGUCGCUCCACCAGUUGGAUCAGUUGGACGAGGAUAAAGACUCGUCGACGGUUUUAGGGAUAAUCGAACGCGCGCAACGCGAGCGAGACAUUUUAAAUAGUAUCGAAGGAGGAAGGGCGAAUCAAAACAAUAAUACCGGUGGGGGGACUUUCACGACGUUAACGACGACGACGACGCAACCGUUUCGACGGACGUCGUUCUUACCGAAAAUUACGUACGCGAGGUGCGUGAGAGGCGGAGGGCGAUACACGAAGAACGUGAGGAGGUUCGGGUCGUUCGAUAACUUGUUAGUCCCGAACCCGGAGGACGACGGGCUGUCCUCGUCGAUUAGUUUGAACGAAUUAGCACAAAAUAAUAACGGAGGAGGAGGGUUGCGAAGGUCUGCCUCGAAUCAAGAUAUCAGCAUGAAUACGUUUAACAAUAAUAACAACGCCAAAGGCGAUUCGGAUUCAGAGUACGGAGAAGUGACGACGAGCGCUUUCAAUGCCGCCGCCACGGGAGCGCCCGAUGAUCAACAAAGAGACGACGGCGGUGGCGGACCGCCCGUAUUCAAAACAACAACAACGACAACAGCGAAUAGAAUCAACAAUUAUAACGCGUCAGCCACGAAAUCGAAUUCCGGCGCGUCUGGGAACGGGACAGGGUACGUUCAAGACGCCUCGGAUUUUGACCGGGUUUUAAUUGAAGCGUGGGAAGAUCGGUUUGCGGGAGGGUUAUUUCGAUACGACGUCACCGCCGUACUCACGCGACUCAUCGAAGGCCCGUCUCGAUAUGUCGCGCAAUACAACGAAGGGAGAGCGACGAAGAAACGACAAACGGAGUUCAAAAUGGAUCUCGUGUGUCAAGAAUUCGAUGGGAAAAAGUUCAAUUUUACCAAAGCCGAUCAAAAAGAAGUGCUGUUUACUUUUGAGGAACAAGACGAAGACGAGGAAGAAAACGAGAACGAGGAACCGGGACGAACGGAGUUUAUCGAGCGAGGUGAAAUCAGUAAAUCGCCAAAUUUAGUCCUGAUCAACGUCUCUCCGAUCGAGUACGGACACGUUUUGUUGUGCCCCAGAGUCUCCGAGAUGCUUCCGCAACAGAUUUUCGCGGAUGCUUUGAUUCCUCCUCUGCGAAUGUGCGCGGAGAGUAAAAAUCCGUACUUUCGAGUCGGAUAUAACUCUUUAGGUGCGUAUGCAACCAUCAACCACCUCCAUUUCCAAGCGUACUAUUUGAUGGAGGCCUUCCCGAUCGAACGCGCGUUAUCCAAACCGUUCGCCGAGGAUGUGUUCAAAAACCCAAAACGACCGAUGGGUAAACAAGUCCACGCGGAGUGUUUACGCGUGUACGAUUACCCGGUGAGAUGCAUCGUCUUUGAACUCGGAAGUAAAGGCUUCGUGGAUUUAGCGAAGUGGAUCGGAAGAGCCUGCAGUCGUUUGCAGAAGAGAAACAUCCCGUUUAAUUUGUUAAUGACCGAUCACGGCGCGAGAGUGUUUUUAAUUCCGCAAAUCUUCUCGCACAAGAUUGCGCAAAACAAAAUUCCAGAAUGGAUCGUUGAUACUGGAAUUAACCCGGCGGUGUUUGAAAUCUCCGGACACAUGCUCUUCAAACGCGAGGAAGAUUACGAAAUCUGCUCCGAGGCGAUGGCGUCGGAAAUAUUAGCGAGCGCGAGUAUUGAAGAGGAUGAAUUUUGCGAUUUAAUGCGAGAGGUUUUAGAUCGCGAGAGAAUCGAGGAAGGAGAAGAAGAAAGCAACGAAGAUGGCGACGACAACAACGAAAACAAAAACAAGGCGCGGAGGAGCGAAGAGGAAGGGAGUGCGCAGAUGACGGUGAAACUGUAA